AUGGCCUUCACAAAAUUCAUACUACCCACUCUCGCUCUGGCGAGCUCCGUCCUCGCUGCAACCGAUAUUUGCGAUGGUCCUUCUAUCACAAUCGCCAGCAGUGCCGAUGCCGAACAGAUCGCCGGUUGCAAGACAUACGAUGGGGAUGUUAUCAUCGACUCCAGCGCCUCUGGCCAACUUUCAAUCAACGGUGUUCAACAAAUCACCGGUGACUUGACGGGCAACAAUGUUACCCAAUUGACGGCCAUCACAUCUGACCAAAUCAACUCCAUCGGUGGCACCUUCAGUUUGACCGGUUUGACCAUUCUAUCAACCCUUCAAUUCAACUCUCUCACCGCUGUCAACAAGAUCAACUGGGUUGGCCUCCCUGCUCUGCAGAGCCUGAACUUCGAUCAGGGUCUCUCCAAGUCCAACCAGAUCUAUAUUUCCAACACCCAGUUGAACAACAUAAACGGCAUUGAAUUGACCGCUGUUGGAAGCAUGGAUAUUAACAACAACCCCUACCUCACAACUGUCAACGUCAACGAUCUGGCAAACGUUACCACUGCGCUCUCAUUCUCGGCCAACGGUCGCGACCUGGCGAUCAGCUUCCCUAAUCUUCAAGAUGCCGCGAACUUGACCUUCCGAAACGUAAGCAAGGUUGACAUGCCGUCUCUUGCCAACGUUGCCGGCUCCAUGGGCUUCUACUCCGACUCGUUCCAGACCUUCUCCGCCCCCAACCUGACUGCGACUGGCGGUACUCUGGCUUUCGUUGACAGCCCUGAGUUGAGCAACCUCUCGUUCCCUUCCCUCACUCAGAUUGGAGGGGGCUUCUUGAUCGCCAACAACACCCGCCUCAAGGCUAUCAAAGGCUUCCCCAAAUUGAAGACCAUUGUCGGUGCUCUUGAUUUCGCCGGUACCUUCGACAAUGUCACACUGCCUUCCCUGACCGAUGUGCGAGGUGGAUCCAACGUCCAAACCAAAUCUACCAAUACCAGCAUCUGUGACGAAUUCGACCAGGCCCACGAUAAUGGAGUUAUCAAGGGUGUCAACACCUGCGUCACCGGAAAGGCCAACCCAGAGACCAACCCAUCUGCCACUGGAGGCGGUUCCUCUGCAACCGCUUCGGCUACUAGCUCUGCCAAAAACGAUGCUUCUGGUAUCACUUUCGGCGUAAGCACACCAUUGACAGGUCUCGGAGCUCUGAUUGCGGCUAUGCUCUUCAUAUAG